UGAGGGAGGUUGGGUCGUCCAGCGAAGAUCCAGCGCACCUGACUUUAGGUUGCCAACAAUUCCAUCUGUAAAUCAACCAUUAUUGCUUUACCUAAAUUCCAAAAUUGGUUUAUCGCUAAUUCGAGGCGGAGUUUUGGAUUUAAUUAUGGAAAUUUGUUUGUCUCCUAUAUUUAGCGGGUUUCCUUUCUAGGAGGGGGGAGAUUCUGCACAAUCCUUCUCUUCUUCUUGUUCUGGCGUAAGAAAAAGAAUGAACGAACAGUAAUCUCUCUGAUUGGUUAAUUGGUUGUGGUUUUUCUGUAGCAAAUGAGAAAAUCGUGGGGUAGUGUCAGACUUUGAGGCCAAAACAGAGGAUUGGAAAAAAAGUAAGAGGAGGACGCUGGACGCCUCCAUUGGUCAUUUCCCAUUUUCCCUUCUAUGGUAUCAUGCAUAGGAGGGGUUUGAUGAAGAGGGUUUUGAUUCUUUGAAGAGAUAUAUACAGACGAGAUGAUUCGGUGGUGGAUAUUUAUGCUUCAAUUAACGGAGCUUUUCGUGACCUCGGUGGUGCAUUUGCUUUAUGGGUUUUACAUAUUCAGCACUGCUGUUGCUGGCGAUCUUUCUCAGGCAUGGAGUGAAGGGUUUUUCAAGCCUGCGGUCAAAGAAGAGGUGACCAGAGGGACAACAACAACCACCACCAAUGCUGAUGAUCUCCCUCCUAUCGUCCUCAUCCAUGGAAUCUUUGGAUUCGGCAAAGGGAGAUUGGGAGGUUUAUCUUAUUUUGCUGGGGCAGAGAAGAAAGAUGAGAGAGUUCUUGUGCCAGAUUUGGGGUCUUUAACCAGCAUAUUCGAUAGGGCUCGGGAGCUGUUCUAUUAUUUGAAAGGCGGGCAGGUUGAUUAUGGUGAAGAACACAGCAAGGCUUGUGGCCACUCACAAUUUGGGCACAUUUACAAAGAAGGGCAUUACCCUAAAUGGGAUGAGGAUCACCCGAUUCACUUUGUUGGGCAUUCUGCUGGAGCACAGGUUGUUCGUGUGCUGCAGCAAAUGCUUGCAGAUAAGGCAUUCAAGGAUUAUGAGAACACUUCUGAGAACUGGGUUUUAAGCAUAACAUCCUUGUCCGGAGCAUUUAACGGGACCACAAGAACUUACUUAGACGGAAUGCAGCCAGAAGAUGGGAAAACCUUGAAAUCCAUAUGUCUUCUUCAGCUUUGCCGUGUAGGGGUGAUAAUCUAUGAUUGGCUUGACAUCCCCUGGCUGAAGACUUAUUACAAUUUUGGAUUUGAUCACUUCAACAUGACGUGGAAGAAAAUGGGUGUUUGGGGUCUUGUUGAUUGCCUCCUUGGUAAUGCUGGGCCAUUUGCUUCAGGAGAUUGGAUCCUCCCUGAUCUUACAAUUCAAGGGUCUAUGCAGCUCAAUUGCCAUAUACAAACGUUUCCGGAUACAUACUAUUUCAGCUAUGCUACUAAGCGUACUAGAAAGAUCAUGGGCAUUACAGUUCCUUCAAGCAUACUUGGAAUCCAUCCUUUGUUAUUUAUCAGAGUAUUGCAGAUGAGUCAAUGGCGUCAUCCUCCGGAUAUUCCUCCACCGUAUAAAGGUUACAGGGAUGAGGAUUGGGAGGACAAUGAUGGAGCAAUGAAUACUGUAUCAAUGACUCACCCUCGUCUUCCAGUUGAACAUCCAAACCGUUUCAUUCAAAAUGAUUCCGAGUGCCAACCCUUGCAACCAGGCAUCUGGUACUACAAGCUUGUGGAAGGCGAUCAUAUAUUGUUCAUUGUGAAUCGGGAGAGAGCAGGAGUACAAUUUGAUGUGAUAUAUGACAGCAUUUUUGAACGUUGUAGGAAACAUGUAUUUAGGAAAAGUCCACAGACUUUACCAAAUGAAGCACACCAUUAGACAUUAGUGUUACUUCUGUGGCUCUCACUCACACUCUUCAACUAGAAAAGGGAGCUACAAAGCAAAUUUGGAUUAAUAGAACUUGUAGUAAUUGAACGAGUUGGCACGUUCUAACUCGGUCAUCCAAAUUUCAAACAUUCCAAUCUAGUAAUUCAAUUUUGAAA